AUGGAAUUCUUCUUAUUUUCCAAGCUUCCACUCGAACUACGUAUUCACAUCUGGAAAAUGACAAGAGAGCCUCGAAUGCUCAAGGUGGAGGCCCGAGUUGAACUCAACAAACAUCGCCGUCACCCGCUAGACUACACGCUGUUCUGCUGUACCUCACCCAACCCCGUCCCCGCUGUGCUACAAACAUGCCGCGAGUCGCGAAACCUUGGACUGUACGAGAGAUCAUUCACAAGUGGCCUCACACCGCGAUACGUAUGGGUCAAUUUCCAGCUUGAUACCAUUCAAGCCACAUACUGGGUCCUCAAGUUGUUGAAAAUUGAGAAAGAAAGAAUUCGCCACCUUGGUAUCGAAUUUGAAGACGUUGAGGCUUUGCUACGUCGCUAUCGAGAAGCCGUUGCAGGACUUCGGGUCGUGAAGACAAUGGAGCUUUUUACGCAGGAGCCUCUGCCCGAACGUGCUGAUAUCAUCGAGUGGACCCGAGACGCAAUGCGACAGGUCUCUGAAAAGGAGAAUUCUCAGUUUCCCCGUAUCACAUUGGUUCAUAGGCCUACGGGAAACAAAAUGAACUAG